AUGGCCAGACGCGCGAUACCAUCACCCCCACUCGAAGACUCCCAGUUGUUGACUGAGAGCCCGGCUACCACGCCCAAGACAGAAAAUCAGUCGUACUGGCCAACCUUUGGAAGCAAAGAGUUGAUCCCAGGAUGGCUGCGUGAUAAUGACUAUAUUUUGGAAGGCCAUCCGAUGCCCACGUAUUCUUACCGACGAUCUUUGCGCCUAUGGCGCUGCCUACACAUGGAAACAAUGAAUAUCUGGAUCCAUCUUCUGGGGUCGACGGCCUUCAUAGCUGUUGGUCUCAAACUGAAAACCUCUGUCUCGCUCUCAAAAGAUACCAACCUCACUGUCGGCGAUUUAUUUGCUUUUGGGUCCUUCUUGGCAUCAGCAACCAUCUGCUUUGCCCUUAGUGCUGGAUUCCACACCCUACGAAGCCACUCAUACAACAUCCACCAUCUCUGGGGCAAAAUGGAUAUCCUCGGAAUCUGCUUCCUGGCCGUUGGAGCUGGCACUUCCAUGACGUAUUAUGCAUUUUAUUGCAGACCCCUCAUUCAGCGGCUGUAUUGGGGCCUCAAUCUCUUCUCGGCGACGGGCGCUGCCAUCACUCUCUUUGACACCGGUGGUGGAGGCAACAAGAUGAGGACUCUGCGUGGAGGUGUCUUCUCUUUGCUCGCUAUCUCUGCCAUGUUGCCUAUCCUCCAAAGUGUGAUUGAGUUGGGCUGGGCUCGAGCGAGUCAUGAAAUUGGAGCUGGGUGGUAUGUCGCAGAAGGACUGUCCCUCUUGACCGGUGUCAGUGUUUUCGUCUCCCGAUUCCCAGAGAGACUAAGCCCCGGGACGUUUGACACAUGGGGUCAUUCACAUCAGCUUUGGCAUACAUUUGCUGUGCUUGGCGGUGCUUUUCAUAUUGUUGCCCUGGUGGCUGCAUUUAACUACCGUCAGAUGCAGGAGAGUUGCUGA